UUCCCCUCCAGGUCUUAUAGAACUCAAUGAUUACAACACCAUGGUUGCGUAUGUGAUUUGUAAUUACUGUAUUCACUAUUUUUGAAUGAUCACUUCGACCAAAAGACCUCGAAACAAUGGAGCGGGAGCAUCGCGAUAGAAAAGGAGAUGGUAAGGAGCGCUAUCGUACUGAAUGUGAAGGUCUUCCACACGGCUGGAGCAGAGAGGUGGUAAUAAGAAAAACGGGUGAUUCGGCAGGCCGAGUUGAUAUAUACUAUUAUAGUCCAUGUGGAAAGAAAUUCCGUUCAAAGCCUCAGAUUCAAGAUUUUCUGAAAGGCAAAUGCGAUUUAAGAAACUUUGACUUUCGAACUGGAACCAUGUCGAGCGGAAUUUCAAGGAACAGCACUCGAAAGAGAAAGACAGAUGUGUUUACUAGGGAUUUUGUUGGUGUUGGUGUGGCUCUGACUAAAGUCCCACUGCGUCAAACAGCCAUUAAAUUCACCCGGCAACCAGUGAGUGUGGUGAACAAUUCGCCCAUUUAUGUUUCCGGUGUUGAUAAGAAAUUUGACACAAAACACAAUGAUCAGCAACCACGGUCGCUAUUCUGGGAGAAACGUUUACAAGAUGUACAUGUUGUGGAUGAAAAUGACAACAGGCUUGAUGAUUAUGAACUGCCUAACUUGUUUCGACCAGUGGGACCCAAACAGGAAUGGAACUCACUGGUGGGUACAUUAGCUACCGACCUGUAUGCAAAUAAGAAAAAUAUUUCUGGACAAAAUAUGUCACUGAAGGCAUUUGAAAAGAACCCUUGUGUUUGGUUGAAUGUGUCUCAGCCACUUUGUGCUCCUUUCAAGGUUUGUGAAUCAGACAUUCGUCGCCAAGAAGAGCGUGUGCAGUACAUUCGAAAAAGAUUAGCAGAUGCAAUUGAGGAAUAUGAAUACCUUAAACUAAAGGCAUUAGGCAUUGACAAUGGAAAUUGAUAGUGAUAUUGCUUGACCUUAGAAGUUUUACUUUAUAAUUUCAAAAUUUACUUUGUGACUAUUGACUAAUUCAUUCCUCUUAAUAAACCAAUGUAUUGUUGUGACACAGUAUGAAAAGUAAACGGCAUAUGUACGACAUUGGUGACAUUUUAGUUGUAUUUCCUAAUGCCUAGUUGAAAGAUAAGAACAUAAAUAAACAUUAUUAUAUGAGGUGAAUUAUAAAUAAGUUAUUUCUACACAAA